AUGGCAAAAGAUCAAACGAAUAAAAUAGAAUACUUCAUUAAAAAUACCAGAUACAUAUGUGGUAAGUUUGAUACUUUGAAAUUGCUUUUUCCUGAUGAAUUAGAUUCUGGAAAAUAUAAUUUUAAAGUUGCAAGAUACAAAAAUUAUCUUUCUAAAUCAGACUAUACCGAUAUCGAUAAAAUUAAUGGUUUUUUCUUAUGGUUGCUUAAAGAAAUUUUUGGGAAUAGUAAUAAUUUGUCGGGAAAUGCAAAUGAAAAUAUGAUUAUUGUUACAUACGUUUUUUCGUGGUUAAGUUAUAUGCUAAGCUUAAAACAAGAAAACGGAAUCACUAAAUUAAACGAGUUUUAUAGUAAACAUAUAGAAAAUGUCUCGGACUAUAACGGAUCUAUAGGAAAGAAUACGCAAUAUAAAACUUAUAAGGAAAUUAUAGAUGGAAAUAAGAAAUUGAUGGAUAUUGAUAUUAUAGUUAUGUCUAAAUUUUAUGAUGUAUUUAAAAAUUUGUGUAAAAUGUAUGAUGAGCUUACAACAGCGAAUUAUAAUAGCGAGAAAUAUUUAGAAUAUGUUAAUAACUUUGCUAAUAAUUAUAAAUCUCUUAUUAAUGAAAAUUUUAAUGAUACAAACAAUAAUUCAUUCAGACAAGUAUUGUCUGUUGUAUUAAACGAUUAUAAUUACAUAAAAGAUACAUUAGGUGUUGAAUCUGUAAAGAAACAAUUUCCAGAACUUAGAAAGGAAAAAACAGCAACACAAGUUUCUGUAUUAAGUCCUAAAGAAACAAGAGAUGCCUCAUUGAGUGAAAUUCAAGGAUCAAGUUCUCAAACUGAAGGAUCAAGUUCUCAAACUGAAGCAUCAAGUCCUCAAACUGGCGUAUCAGAUUCUCAAACUAAAGUAUCAGAUUCUCAAAUUGGUGUAUCAGAUUCUGAAACAACACUAUUUAGUUCAUUGACAAUAAACAAACUAAUUCCAAUUCCACUCAUAUUGGUUGCAACAUUAAUUUUAUUAGGAAUUGCAUAUAAGUAUUCGUUAUUUGGAUUUGGGAAACGAUCUAAAAAACAACAUUUAAGAGGAAAGCUAAAAAGAUAA